UCUCCGUGCUGCCGGGUUUUUCAUCCUGUUGCCACCAUUUCGCUCGUGCACUGCCUGACACAUGUUCUUCAAACGCCGUGAUAUUUUCACUUUGAAAGCUGCUUUCUUUAUUUGCAGGGAUUUUUCAUGUCAGUGCUUGAAUGAUUUAGUGGAUGGGGGUGUUCGCUUGUUUUAUUUAUAGUGAAUGCUGAGUGGUCGGAUCGAGGUGGUCUAUUGUUUUUCCUGGAAAAAGCGAACAGGAGUGGACUGAUGCUGCGGCGCUGCCUGGUAAACACCAGAAAUGGGAGUCAUUGAACCAAGACUGCAAACCGCGGUUAGGUCUUUGACGAGAAUCCCGCUUUUCUCAUGAGAAAACAUCUGGUCUUCUAUCUACAAGUUGCCACACUGAGCAGGCUUCAGUCAAGCAAACAAAUGGUCCAAUCAAUAGCCACUGGACAGAGUGUGCCAUAGGGAGGCCAUCAAUAACACGCUAAUACACCUGACACGCACACUUGAGUACACAUACACGAGUCAUGGCGCUGGAGAACUCGGUCUUCCCCUCCCGCCCGGACUCCCUCUCUCUCCCUGUGGAAGAAAAGAGGGAAGGGGAAUACGUGGAGGUGGCUGAUGAAGCCACUGCCUCUCCUGGGGUCUUCAACCUGUCAGAGGAGCUGGGCCACGUCGUCACCACCACAGAGACGACACCAUCCCCACCAGCUCCGGCUAAGGUCAGCAGGUCGUUCCAGGCCAAGCUGGCGGAGAGGGAGGCCAAAGCCAACCAGCAGAGGAAGAAGACGCAGGGGACGGAGAAGGAGAGGGGGCGAUUUGGGUGGGCCCGGACUCGGCGUAAGAGGCAGCGCUAUGUGGAGAAGAACGGUCGCUGCAAUGUACAGCAUGGUAACAUCAGGGAGAGUUACCGCUACCUGACCGACAUCUUCACCACACUGGUGGACCUCAACUGGCGCUGCUCGCUCUUUGUCUUUGUCAUGGCCUACGCCGUCACAUGGCUCUUCUUCGGGGCCAUAUGGUACCUCAUAGCCUACUGCAGGGGUGAUCUGGACCAUCUGGAGGACGAGGCGUGGACGCCGUGCGUCAACAAUGUCAACGGCUUCAUCUCUGCUUUCCUCUUCUCCAUCGAGACGGAGACCACCAUUGGCUACGGCCACCGUGUCAUCACCGACCAGUGUCCAGUGGGCACCAUGCUGCUGCUGCUACAGGCCAUACUGGGCUCAAUGGUUAACGCCUUCAUGGUGGGCUGUAUGUUUGUGAAGAUCUCACAACCAAACAAGCGGGCAGAGACGCUGGUGUUCUCCAAACACGCCGUCAUCUCUUUGAGGGAUGACAAGCUGUGCCUGAUGUUCAGGGUGGGUGACCUGAGAAGCUCCCACAUCGUAGGGGCCAACAUGAGGGCCAAGCUCAUCAAGUCCAAGCAGACUCAGGAGGGUGAGUUCAUCCCACUCGACCAGACAGAUAUCAGCGUGGGCUUUGAGACCGGUGAUGAUCGCCUCUUCCUUGUGUCGCCGCUCGUGAUCUCUCAUGAGAUUGAUGCACACUCAGCCUUCUGGGACAUGUCACAGGCCCAGCUGGAGAAGGAGGAUUUUGAGAUUGUGGUCAUCCUGGAGGGAAUGGUGGAGGCGACCGGGAUGACGUGCCAAGCGAGGAGCUCCUAUCUAGCAGAGGAGGUGUUGUGGGGUCACAGGUUCAGCCCCAUGAUGUCACUGGCAGAGGGUUUUUUUGACGUAGACUACGGAGCCUUUCAUCACACCUUUGAGGUGGACACACCUGCCUGCUCAGCACGAGAGCUCUCAUUGGCCGCAGCCAGGCUUGAUGCUCACCUCUACUGGUCCAUCUCCAGCAGGCUGGAUGAAGAACCCACCCUGACCAAUCAGGCAGCCAAACAGCCGGACAGCGGCUCGGCUAACAGCAAAGUAGGGGAGCCGACCUUCAUUGUCGGGGAGAUGACUGACAUCCAGGAGCAAACGGGACUGGGCGAGCUCAAUGGCAGCGUUGCCACCGACCAAUCCGAAUCAGAGGCCUAGAACAGAGAAUGUUUACAAAGACAUUAUGUAUAUUUUCAUCUCACCACGACUAGUGUUUGCAGAUAUUUUCUUUCAAGGCAAAUAAGUAGUUUCAUAAGGCUUUACAGUAUUCUCUAUCUUAUGUUUCCGUUUGAGGAUGUUUAUUUCUUAAACUUCUGCCUUAUUUUACUCUCAUGUCAGUCUUUGUUUCAACUGUACUGUCUGUGUGAUAUAUUUUCAAUAUGUUGUGUUAGCUCUUAUCACCCUUGCCUAUAUCUACAUUUAAAUGACAGUACUAUGCUUUAGGUUGGGGUCAACAAUAGUAUAUCCUGUGGACCAAGGCUGACUUUUAAUCACAUAGAGGUAAUUAGGUGGAUGUUUGUGUGCACAUUGUGGGAUUGUUCAUAUUAAAAUAGGUUCUGAGCGUAGAUGCUUUAGUUUCACCAGAGCAUGUAAUCAUUAGAUGAUACUGAGGCGUAGACCAAAAUUAUAGAAACCUGAAAUUUCUUUAGAUGCAUUGUACAGCCAUCAGGUGUUAGGGUUGGUACAUAACAUCAGCCCACAGCUGCGGGUAUAUCUAUAUUUAGCUAGAACUUCACCUAGAAAACCAUGUGGUGCUAGAAAACUAUGUUUGAGGAAUCUUUUUGGCUAAAAAAUGACAAAAAAGUCAACAAACCUGGUUUCCUGCUCUGGUUGUAAAUGGUUCCAUCUGUUCCAGAGGUGCAGAAUAGUAUUGUUUUGUUAAAUAUGAUGGAAAGAAGAGACAAAUUAAAACACUGCAGGUAAACAAACAACCUUUCCAGUGAGUGUCAAGUUCCUCUUCUGUACAACAUUCCUAUCUUCACUGUCACAUCAUGGUGACCAGGGUAUCUGCUUUAACUCAAACCUUUGACGUAGAGACACCUGAAUGUGUCUGUGGCUUUGUUUUAUGUACCGUGUGUGUAGCACAAGGAUAAUCUAUCUUUUGUCCCCAGCCAAGUAGAAAUUAAAAGCACAACAGUGUCCUGCUCAGUUCAGCCUAAAACUCCUGCUUCUGCUGCUGCGUACACAUGUGGCCAUUUUUUCUUGAUGUUUUUAAUAGAGCACAUCUAUUAGAGUUAAUAAACUGCAGUAUAUUCAAGACCAAAGGACUCAGAUUGUGAUAAACUUUGUGAAGUGGCUACUUGCAUUAAAGUAUGUUAUAUGUACAGACUGUGCAUACUAA